AUGGCUUCUCUCAAGCUUCUGCCAGACUCCGGCAUCACUUCCAUGGUGAUGGGGAAUGAUAUCUUUGCAUUUGUACAAACCUAUGAGGGUGAUAUUUACCAGUUCGUGGGCAACGUCGAGAAUUCGUCAGUGUUUUAUGGCUCAAGGAAGAAGUCAAACGUCAUCAUAGAGCGUCUGAAAGGCAUGAAUCCUAAACCUGACGCUCCCAAGCUAUUCACUCCCAUCGCUGCUGUAUCUUUCACCGAUCAGCUCAACAAGCCUAUGAGUGAACGGUACGUCUUUUAUCUGGACGACAAGAACAUUCUCCAUGACCAGUACGACCUUGGGAACGGCGACUACCAGCAUGGAAAACUGGCUGAGUUGAAGAUCGAAUGUGCUCACUACUCAAGCUUAGCAGCCGUCACUAUCAGAGGAGACGUUGUCAACCACAUGUGUGUAUUCUACCAAGCCCUCACCCGGGACGGAGCUGUAAAGAUGGUCAGCUUUGCCGGCAUCCAUAGGACCUGGCAGCAUGGCGGCGCUAACCUCAGAGACCCGCCACUCUACGGCACCUCCCUCAGUGCAGUGCCUCCUCGCGCAGGUAUCCUCGGCCGGAGUGGUUCAGAUAAGUCGAACCAAGGACAGCCAAUAUACUAUCUCCAACUGGACAGCCACGCCUUGGGCAGUGGACAGGGCACAGCAGAACCUCUCCCACUGGCAGGCUAUGAUUGCGACGGAAAGCCGGUGGCAUUCUCACCGCACACAAGCCUCACAGCCGUUGACAAUGGAAUUCACCUGCAUCUUAUCUACAAGUCCCACUCUGGCCAAGUGAAGGCAGUUCGCAUCGACCCGAAGGAAGGCCUCCUGCUGCCUGAACUCUUCUUCCACGACGUCAACGUUGCACCUCGGAGUGCGAUCGCCGCGUGCAUUGCACCCAACACGGGCACCACCACCAGCAUCGUGCUGUUCUACCAAGCGCUCGACCCUGACUCACGGAAAGUCCAAAUGGCGGCGAGAGUGGUAUACAAGUCCGCCACCGCUGCCACUGACACCCAAUGGAACGUGUCUGAGAAGGAGGUCCUUGGGGAAUGA